UUUUUUCACAUGCCAUAUAUCUAAAAUUAACCACCAUACAUAGAAGACCAUUAAAAACUACCCAAAUCCAUCCAUGCAUUUAUUUAUUUUUUUUUGUUUUAGUCGAACACUUUCGAACACUUUUUCUUCUCUCUUUUUUCAUCCUCUUUCUCCUCUCAACCAUUUUUUUUGUCAUUUUUCGCUUGAAUGGCAUUAUGCCAAAUCCUCCUCUUUCUCUCCCUUCCAUUCACUAUUCACAUGUCUUUUUUCAAAAUUUUUUGCCAUUCCCGCAAUCCCUCGGGAUUCAUUCUUUGCUCUCUGAACGGUUGGAAAAAUAUUAAACAA